AUGUUCAGCGUGGUGUGGUUGAAUGAGGCCAAAUCGCGAGCACCGUGUAUUAUUUAUAUCGACGAAAUUGACGCUAUUGGUCGAAAACGCAGUGAUGCAUCAGCAUCUGGAUUUGGAAGUGGAAGUGGUGAAGAAGAGCAAACGUUGAAUCAGUUGUUGGUUGAGAUGGAUGGUAUGGACAGUGCCCAAGGAAUUAUUGUUCUGUCGUCAACGAAUCGUGCUGAUAUUCUCGAUAAGGCUCUGAUGCGACCAGGACGUUUCGAUCGUCACAUCAACAUUGAUUUGCCAACGGUCAGCGAACGACAAGAGAUGUUCGAGUUGUAUUUGAAACGUAUCAAGCUGGAUCACAAACCGGAAUACUAUUCGAGAAGAUUGGCUCAAAUGACUCCUGGAUUUACCGGUGCGGAUAUAGCGAAUGUUGUGAAUGAAUCAGCCAUCCGAGCUGCAACUACCGAGAAGCAAUUGGUAACUGCCGAGGAGCUGGAUUUUUCAUUGCAGAGGAUUUUAGCCGGUGCUGAAAAACGCAGCAGGACAUUGAUUGAGGAGGAACGUGAAAUAGUUGCCUAUCAUGAAUCUGGGCAUGCGUUGGUUGGAUGGCUUCUGGAGCAUACAGAUGCUCUUCUGAAGGUUUGGAGCAGUUGGAUUGAUAUUCGGAAUUUACUUGUUUGA